GACACUCAUCUUACAUGCUGAAGCCCGCAAUAUCACAGCUACGGCGACAAAUCUCCCCCAUCAGCAGAAAUAUGUCAAAGGCAGCGUAUCACACAGAGAUUCUGAAGGUUGAUCCAGCGUCGAUAGCUUUCACAGGCGACUCGCUGUCGAUCUCAGACCCACAGACCGAGACCUCACUAAAGAGGGCCGCAACCAUCAUCUCCUCCUCUUCUGAGGUUGUUGCCUUCCCCACAGAGACGGUAUAUGGGCUAGGAGGCAAUGCGUUUGAUGAUGAUUCUGUUAGGAACAUAUACCGGGCGAAGAACCGGCCAGCAGAUAACCCGUUGAUCUCCCACAUAUCCUCGGUCUCUCAGGUUAAGCAGUUCUUUGGCAUAGACCUUCCAAAGAUAUACGAACCCCUGGUGGAGAGCUUUUGGCCCGGGCCUCUUACCAUUCUGCUGCCGAUUACUACAGAUUCAAAGCUCUCCAAAUUGACAACCGCAGGACAAGAUACCGUUGCUGUGAGACUGCCUUCGCAUCCAGUUGCACGGGCCUUGAUUCAUUUGUCAAACGUCCCCAUCGCAGCUCCUUCAGCUAAUGCAUCCACAAGACCUUCUCCUACUUUGGCAGAACACGUGUAUCAUGACUUGAAUGGUAAAAUACCCUUGAUACUCGAUGGAGGGUCUGCCAGGGUUGGCGUGGAGUCCACAGUGGUUGAUGGAAUCAGCAACCCACCUAUGCUGUUGAGACCUGGAGGUGUCAGUUUAGAGCAGAUCAAAUCAGUCGGAGGCGAUGCCUGGAAGGAUGUUAGAGUCGCCAAGAGGGUGGCUGAUGCUAACGAACCCGUGAAGACCCCAGGGAUGAAGUACAAGCACUAUUCACCAACUGCAAGAGUUAUCUUGGUUGAGAAAGAGGAAGCCAUGUUGAAUUACAUUGCGUCACAUGACCUGUCACGUGAUAAGAUUGCACUUCUUACUACACAGAGCUUCACAGGAUCACAAUUCCCGGGGAUUGUUGAAUCUAUGGGCUCGAGCAAAGAAGAGGUCUCCCGUAACCUCUUCAAGUGUCUCAGGGAUAUGGAUGAAAGACGAGUCGAUUAUAUUUUCGUUGAAGCUGUUGAUGAAACAGAUCAAGGAUUGGCGAUUAUGAACAGGCUCAAGAAGGCAGCCUCUGAAACCAUAUGAAGCAAACUAAUGAGUCUACGCCAGUAGUUAAGACAUAUCGUAUUAUUCUUUUCAGCCAAAGCCAAUGCAUCAAGGAG